CACACAAACUGCGCUUUCAGAGCGCUAGCAGCCUGAGCGGAAAGGAGGUGGCCGCGGCUUGUGGUGGGGUUUCUUGUAUUCUGGGCGUUCGUGUCCCUCAUCCGUCACCUUUCUUCCUCUGGUCCCCACGAUGCCGAUGUACCAGGUAAAGCCCUAUCACGGGAGCGGAACAUCUCUCCGUGUAGAGCUUCCCACCUGCAUGUACCGGCUCCCCAACGUGCACGGCAAAAGCUGCAGCUUGGCGCAGAACGCGGUCCACGUGCAGGGAGAAUCUGACCCAUCUCUUCAUGCUCUUGAGUCCCGCCAAGAUAAUAUUUUAAAACGUCUGUACGAAUUGAAAGCUGCGGUUGAUGGUCUCUCCAAGAUGAUUCAGACGCCAGAUGCGGACUUGGAUGUAACCAACAUAAUCCAAGCCGAAGAGCCCGCUGCUUUAUCAACCAGUGCAUUGGACUUAAAUUCAGUACUUGGAAAGGAUUACGGGGCUCUGAAAGACAUCGUCAUCAACGCAGACCCCGCCUCGCCGCCCCUCUCCCUGCUCGUGCUGCACCAGCUGCUCUGCGACCGCUACAAGGUCCUGUCCACUGUUCACACCCACUCGGCAGUCAAGAACGUGCCAGAAAACCUUCUCAGGUGCUUUGGCGAGCAGACUAACAAACAGCCCCGCCAUGAACACCAGCUGGGUUUUACUCUGAUUUGGAAGAAUGUGCCAAAGACUCAGAUGAAGUUCAGUGUCCAGAGGAUGUGUCCCAUCGAAGGAGAAGGGAACAUUGCACGGUUUUUGUUCUCCCUGUUUGGCCAGAAGCACAAUGCGCUCAACCUAACGCUCAUAGAUAGCUGGGUAGAUGCAGCUGUUUUCCAGCUGAAAGAGGGAAACAAUAAAGAAAAAGUCGCUGUGCUCUGCUCCAUGAACUCAGCUCUGGGGAGGAGCCCCUGGCUCGUGGGGAACGAGCUCACGGUGGCCGACGUGGUGCUGUGGUCCGUGCUCCGGCAGACGGGAGGCUGCAGUGUGCCCGUGCCAGCCAACGUGGACAGGUGGAUGCGGGCCUGCGAGAACCUGGCGCCUUUCAGCGCCGCCCUCAAGCUCCUUCAGUGACUCUGGGGAACUGACCUUUAGUGGAUUUAGACUAGAGUUUGAGAACAGUGCUGUUCCAUGCCUGUGGUUGGUAAAGGGACUUGUACCAGAAUCAGAGUCUUUACUUAGGCCAGUUGUCAAGUACCAAUAAAACCACCACAUAACUUGU